GGACAAUGCAAAAAGCACUUCGCCAAUCAAUCAGUUAACGAACGAGCUUUUCAUCAGCCUUGACUCUGCCAAGAAAUUGAAUGGGCAAACGCGACUGGGAGUGCUGCAUAACGUUCUAGUGAAACUAGCAAUCCUGUCCUGGCCUAUCCUGACCUGACCUGACUGGGCCUCCACAAUACGGUACCUCAAUCUGUAUCUCAAUCUGUAUCGGCAAUCAAAAUGAAGUUGAGGAUCACCUUCCUUCACAGGCCCGGCGAUGCCGUGGAUCCAGCGUCGCUUAAGAUCACCGAUGACAGCCUUACGGGCCCAGAUCUCCAUGCAGCCCGCGAGGUUCGAGCAACAUUUGCCCGCGAGGAACUUCCUGCCGAGCUGCUGGCGCUCCUCGCGGCAACAAAUGACUUGCACGUGAGAUGGGUCGGUCCGCACGCAUACCAGACCGUCAGCCCCUUGCAGUCGAGACUGCCACCAGGUUUCCACCUAUUCUAUACGCCGCUGGCAGAUGAAAAGAAUCAAGAUUCUGUAGUCCUCACCUGCGAUCUAUUACGCAAAGCUUUUGGAGGUUUGGAGAAUUGCAUAUCAAAUGAAUCAUUUGUCUCCCUCCCCAAGAGCCGCUUCUCUCACUCGCCAGCCUAUCAAUUUUAUCAACCUCUGGAGGACCUGCGGAACCUCACUCGCUAUAUAAGGAAUGAGUUGUGUCCAGACAAUGACCCUCUUUGUCGAGCCCAGGCAGAGCGCCUGACCGAGUCCGUCUCGCUCGACAUCUCAUGGGACCGCACUGCCAACAUCCUCAGGGUGACCACGCUGUCUCCAUACCAUGCCCAGCCCCUGACAGUGACAGCCUACCCGGGUCAUCGCACCGAGGUUGGCAUGCUAGGCGAGGACACCGCCCCGACCCUGGAGCGUCACGAAGUCGGGAUAUCCGGCCACCUCAUCGUGCUGGGCGAGCGCAACACCCCUUCCCCCACCGCCUUCGGCUUCCCAUCUCGUCACCGGGCCGUCGAGGGCGACUCCGUGACGUCCUUCUUCCCAUAUCAUUCGGACACCUCCACCGGCCUGCACCCUACACUGAGGCUGGUCAUGACGUCCCGCAAACCAGACGAAGGGACCUGCACGCCGCACGUCUAUCUCACACUGCCCCGCACCAUCUUCGCCGACAUGUACCAGCUCUCGGACCCCCUCUUCCUCGCCUCCAAGAACCUCACCGCCCUGCGGUACAUGUCCCAGCCCGUCGACCUCGAGGCCCCAGACUACGCCAUGAGCAUAUGGGGCUCGUUUGUGCUGAUCGACCUCGCGCAUCCCUCGGCCGACGCCGGCGACGCCUGGACGGCCGAGAUCCCGCUGCACCUGCGGUACCUCGCGCCCGCGACCGGCGGCCACCGAAGCAUCGAGGUCCCCUCGCCCGCCGUGUUCUGGGCAUGCGCGGCCGACGAGGUGGGCAACCUGGCGACGAACCCGUUCGACCGCACCAGGCUCGGCUACGACGGCCUCUUCGACGCCAACACGGUCUUUUGGCACCUCGAGCAGAGACCGCCGCCUCUGCCCGUCGGGACCACGCGCCUCAUGCUCGGCGUCGACGUUCCGGUCCUGGAUAUAGAGAGGUCGGGCUGGAUCGGCGCCGGCACCGCCGCCGUCAUUCUUUUGGGUUUUGGUUGGGUCGUCUGGAAGCUCCUCGGCGCUGGAAUGGCAAAGAGUGCAGAGGGAGUAGAUGCGCCUGGCGUUCGGACACCCGAGACCAAGAAGACGCAGUGAUCUCUUGAGUGGGAUGGAUCCCGAAAAGGGCUGGCGUGAUAUGUCACCUCAUCCAUGCAUGACAAAUGCCAGAAGCGAGCAGGGAAUGGAAUAGCGCCAUGGACUUUGAAUGAUAUUGCUGCGUACUCAAAGAAUCUCCGGCACUGGCCCAGCAAGUAAAUGUAACCCAUAUAGCACAAAACACGCAGUGCGCGAUGACAACAAGCAUUUGAUUCAUCGAGUUUGGCCAAGAUGUGGGAUAAAUUCUAGUUUGAGACACAAGCAUUUCAGUGAGCUCUGCUGAAUUAAUACGACUACGAAAGAUCUCCCUGCAAGCGGGUUCAAAAGCUACGCGCCACAUUAGACAUGUCAUAGCUAAACAAGGCGCAAGACUUUUCCGCAAGGUAUCAGUAAG